AAUGGGGCUAAGUAGCGGUACGGAGGGAUUUAAUUAACUCAACUGGACUCGUAUCUAUUUGAAGUCUUCCAAGGAUAACUGGCCGGCGGCCUAGAGGCAGGAGCAAUUGGCCAUUCCCGAUGACGAGUAUGGCCCUAUACAACCCUGUCUCGUGUUCCACACCACUCCAUUUCACCCACAAUUACAAGAAAACAGCGCCACCACUUACCUUAUCGCUCAUCGGCCGCCCCACUGACCAAAAUCUCAAAUUGGGUUGCCGGAAUACUAGCAGCAGAAGAAGAAUUUCGGGGGUUACACGGGCAGGGCCCAGCACCAGCAGCUACAUAUUCGCCUUUGUCUUGCCUCUCUCUCUCUUGGCGGUCACCAUCUUCACUUCUAAUAGAAUUGCUGACAAGCUCGACCAGAAGUUCCUCGAAGAGGUCGCAAUAAACGAAGCUAUACUAGAAGCAGAAGAAGAUGAUGAUGAAGAAGUUAACAUUCCUUCAGAAAAGGAAUCUGCACCACCACGCAUCCGCAAUCGGCCCAAGCGUAAAGUUGAGCCAUCAUCUACAUAAGUUUGUUUUUGGCUUGGGACUUGAAAAGAAUGGAGAACAAGCAUUUGUAAGACAAGUUCUGUAAUUCCUUACCUCUAGACUUGUACAUUCUAUGACUUAGCUGUUUCUACUAUCGUAUAUAUUUAUUUUUUAAAGAUACUUCGAGAAAUAAUGCCACGAGUAGUUAUCUAAGAAGUAUCAGUUCAUCUCUUCAUCAUCU